AUGCGGCAGCACGGGGUGGACUACAUAGUGCUAGCGGGGUAUCUGAAGCUGCUGCCCGCGUCGCUGGUGGAGGCGUUCCCACGCGCCAUCCUCAACAUCCACCCCGCUCUGCUGCCUGCGUUCGGGGGCAAGGGCUACUAUGGCAUGCGCGUGCACAAAGCUGUUAUUGCCUCUGGGGCUAGGGUAUCAGGCCCCACGGUGCACUUUGUGGAUGAGCGGUACGACCACGGCCCCAUAGCAGCGCAGGCGGUGGUGCCCGUGCUGCCCUCCGAUGACCCCCAAACCCUGGGGGCGCGCGUGCUCGCCCAGGAGCACCAAUUGUACGCGCGGGUGGUGGCAGCGCUGUGCGAUGGUCGAGUGGAGUGGCGGGCGGAUGGCGUGCCGCUCAUUCGCACAACGAAGGAUGGCAACGAGUUUGAGUAG